UUCUCUCGUCUCUUCCCCUCUUUUCUUUUUUUCCUUCCUAAUUUCUCUUUCUCCUUCUCAUCUAUAAAGCACACCGGACCUUUCCUCCGCUAUCCUUCUUUCUUCUCUCGCCUAACUUUACUUCAUUUUCUUUCUCUGUUUAUAUUUUACUACCUACUCCAACAGUUUCUCAACGCAGCUGUACAGUUAGAAACAAAGGGAUACUAAUUGUUAGUAAUAUAAAGAAAAAACGUCAAAAGGGAAAAGAUGAAGCAGCGUGCCAUCCAACAGAACGCUAUUGGAAGCAGCUGUGAGGAGUUGCAGAGCUCUAUUUCGGUUUCAGUUAUGGUUACGGAUCGGAGAGAGACUAUGGUCUGCCCAAAACCACGUCGUUUGGGUCUCUUAAACGCCUCUUUCAACGACCAGCCAGUUCGGUCCCUCAGAUGGCAACUUAGCCAUCAAACUGAGCUUUGUGAUUCGAAAGCAGGGAGUGAUAUUUUGGAUAUGAUUCUUACAAAGGGUGGUUGUAGAGCAGAACAAGUAGCGUCGUCGCCCCCAUUUUUUUGUGGGUCGCCGCCGAGUAGAGUAGCUAACCCAUUAAUACAGGAUGCUCGAUUUGGGGAUGAGAAGAUGGUCAACCCGCCGUCUCCAAAUCCGCCUCCUCCUUCGUCUCCGUCAUCAUCUUCAAGGAAAGGAGGGUGUAUUCGGGCCAAUUUUGGUAACAAACCAGCAGUGAGAGUGGAGGGGUUUGAUUGUUUUGCACUGGCUUAGAACCCAUUUCAAUCAACAAAAGAGUACAUAGAUAAAACAAGAGGAGCUACCAAAACAGAGAAGGGAAUUUUGAAAUUGUAAGCGACUGAAGAGAAAAAAGCAAAGAACCCUUUGUUAGUGUAAAUAUAUGGAUAAAGGGUUGUUUGUAUGUAAUGAAAAAAGAACUUGGUGUCUUGUAAGUAUAGGAGAGUAAGUUGAAUAGAAAUAAGGAGAGAGGAGAGGAGAGGAGCGUAGGUUAAUGUUUAGAUAAUGGCUUGGGUGUUUUUUCUUUGUUUCUGGGUUUUGUAAAGAGUCUCAAGUCAAGAAGGGAAUUUGUUGUGUAUUUAGUGGAGUGAUUUAAGUAAAACACUGGAACAGUGUAUAUAAAUACAACUGCUGUUUGCUUAUGAA